ACCCGGUAGCUACAAUAAUUGUAAUACAUAAUAGAAAAGAAGAAGAAGAAUAUUUGCAACCGGAGAUUCUCAUCGGAAAGGUUUCAGAUCGGUUCUACUUGUGAGAAUCGAAGAGUCCAUGGUUGAGUCUAGCUGGGUGUCACUGGUCCAUCAUUUCUCAAUAGAUUUUUAUGAAACGUGACGGACUAACUUUUUGCUCGUUAAUAUCGGCUCUUGCUGCUCUUGGUUGUUGAAUCCAGGGUGAGAUGGAGUCCUACCGGAAACCUGUGAAAUCAGACUGUGAGGCGUUACUCAGCCGCUUCCGACAAACGCAGUCUGUCAGAUUUGAGGUUUUCUCAAACAUUUGGAAGGAGAUGAAGUUCGUUCAGAUCUUCAGACAGAGCCACAACAAGCGAGCCUUCUGCCGAAUGGUCCUGGACGUAGCUUACUGCUACUUCAUGCCCCCGUUCAGCUUCCAGAUCCGUGUGGGUGGUCUCUACCUGCUGUACAGCUUCUACCACUGCCAGAACACCUCACCUCCAGAGCAGAUCCGUGUGGCCCUGAAGGACUGGGAGGAUGUGAGAAACUUUGAGAAGGAAUCAUUGGAUGCUCAACACCUCGAUGUUGCCUACAUCUUACAACAGCUUUUGACUUGCAAAGCUUUCCUCUUCACUGCAAUGCCCACUCUGCUUCAUUACAACAGAAAGAGGACUGAGGAGAAGCCAGAGCUUUGUGAUGAGUUCAUGGAACGACCAUGUCGCCCCCAGGAACUGAUAAAUACUCAGCUGACUGAGGAAAUGUCAAAUAUCCAUGAGCUAUACAAAAAUAUGAAGGCGUCCAUCAGCUCCCAGAUGUCCACAGCAGAUGCUGCGUCUGUCAGCCUGAUCCGUGAUGGAAUUGUGUCGGAGCUCUGCAGUGCUGUUAUGGAAUUCUACAACUGGCAGCAGAACAAGGAUACAGUCGAUGAAGCCCAGCCCAGCCAGGAAAGGAUUUCAUCUCAGCAGGAGUGUUCCAACAGAGCCAAACUCCUGGCAUCCAUCAAAUCUAAGGCUUAUGAAGAAGCAUCAGAGGCUGUAAAGUCACGGCGCCAUCGUCAGGUGGAGAUCGAUUUACCUGCUGAGGAAGACAAAUCCUUCCUGAAGCUACAUCAUUCCAGAGUGCCAAAGCCAUCUCUCAAAAACAGAACUAAAGAGCAGAUCCGUAUGUCAGGCAACAUGGGGAGAGAAGCUGCAAGGACCACCCUGAUAAACCAUCUGGUUACCCUGGAGCCCGCUUUACAAGAAAAAAUCAAAAAUGAAAGAAGAUUCAAGUCUUUGAAUGAACAUCUGGAGUCGCAAACAAUCUCAACAUCUCACUGAUGUUUUUAUCUGGUUUUAAAAGUUUGACUGUUCAAAAUGAGAACAUUUCUUCCAUGUUAACUGGCUUAGAGGCCUGCAGCAGUGUUUCAAAGUUGGGCCUAAGGCACUAUGUUGUCGGUGUGGCCCCCAUUCAAGGCCGAACUCAGAUGACCCUGCAGAUCUGCUCUGCUGAGUUCCAACUCAGGAACAGUCCCAUAUGGACUGGAGUACCAGACACACAUCAGGUUCAGAAUGUAGGAUUGGCUGCUUAGGAUACAUGAGCUUUGAUUGGAUGAAGAAUUUGAAAGAACCAAUCAGUACGGUUCCCUAUGGGGAUGGAGUCUCUCCUUUUCUUCAUAGCUGACCGUUGAACACACCUCUGCUGCUGCUGCUUUGAAAAAACAAUGUGGUUGUAGUGUUUCUGUCACUGGACUCUAAUGAAAAGAUAAAGAGAACUGGGAAGCUGCUGUGUCACAAAUACUGAGAAUUUAUCAGCCACCCACACAUUUAUCUGUACACCUCAAAAAAUUAGAGCUCACCUCACUGAGUGUCGGUGACAAAGUAGAAGAGUGUUUUUGUCCAGCUUUUGGACUUUGCGAUGAGUUCACACAAGCCGAGCAAGUGCUAUGGUGUAGCUUGGUGCGCGCAUUGUCAGUGAAUCCAGUUUAUUUGUAUUAAUUUCAGUAACAAGGCAGUUCAAAGUGCUUUACAUAACAA